AUGACUGCUACGAACGGUGUUUCAAAAGCACCCGGAUGCAUUCCGGCGCCAAACCCCGGGCAAACCUUCUGGCAACAAGAUGGGAACAUUGAAUUCAGCGACUAUCGUUCGACAGAGACCCUUCCAGAGCAGACAGACAUUCUGAUCAUCGGAGCUGGAUACGCAGGUACAAGCACGGCAUAUCAUCUCCUCGCCGAAGGCACGAAGAAUUCUAUAACCAUACUUGAGGCACGAGGAGUCUGCUCCGGCGCGACAGGUCGAAAUGGCGGCCAUUUGCGACCAGAUCUGUACGGCCAUAUCCCAACAUACAUUGAACGGGCUGGUCUAGAGGCGGCAGUGGAAAUCGCCGAGUUUGAAAUCGCGCAUGUCCCUGCUAUGAAGAAGUUUAUCCGAGAGCAAGGCAUUGAUUGCGACUUUAAUCUUUGCAGAUCUAUUGAUGUUUGGUGUAACGAGCAAUCGGCGCAGAAUGCAAAGACUGUGUAUGGUCAGAUGGUUGCUCAUGGAUUGAGUUAUAUGGAGGACGUGGUUUUUUAUACUGGGAAGGAAGCAGAAGGUAUAUCUGGCGUCAAAGGUGCAAAGGCCUGCGCAUCAUACACGGCGGCCUCCAUGUCACCAUACAAGUUUAUUAUACAUUUGACCAAGUUAAUUCUCGCCAGUGAGCAAGUAAAUUUGCAAACACAUACACCGGCGGUAUCAAUUCUGCCGGAUCCAUCAGGCGGGUAUACAGUCGAUACUUCUCGUGGUAAAAUCCAUGCCGACACAAUCAUACAUGCCAAUAAUGCAUACGUCUCGGGGCUUCUCCCAGAAUACGAAAAGAACAUCAUCCCCUGCAAAGGCAUAGCAUGCCACAUUGCUGUUCCGGACGGCACGAAAGCCCCUCUCCUAAAUAAUUCAUACAUCAACCGCACCGAGGAUAACACACUUUCAUACUUGAUCGGACGAAACGACGGGGGCAUUGUUGUCGGCGGUGCUGCUGCGAAAUUCAAACCGUUCAAAUAUCAAUGGUACAAUAAUGUCGACGACAGCAUUCUCAUUGACGCUGCGAAAGAUUAUUACAAUGACUAUAUGCAACGAACUUACCACGGAUGGGAUAACAGCGGCGCAGCAGUGCGUCAGAUUUGGAGCGGCGUCAUGGGAUAUUCGUAUGAUUCGCACCCACAUAUCGGAUCUGUGCCAAAUAAGCCUGGCCAAUAUAUCAAUGCCGGUUUCAAUGGACAUGGAAUGCCUGUUAUUUGGCUUUCUGCGAAAGGAUUGGCGAAGAUGAUUGCGCAUGGUGCACCGUUUGAGAAGUGUGGUAUACCACGGCUGUUUCAAACGUCGCAGCUUCGAAUUGAUCGGGCACAGAAUGGCACUGAAGGGAAAGGAGAUAUCUUAGGCACUGCAUCGUUUGGGGCAACCAAGCAAUGA